AUGGAUUCCAUCAAGAACGCUGCCAACUACGUUAGCGAGUCUAUCCAAGGCGCCGCCUCAACCACCUCCAAAGAGGCGAACAAGAACGUCGCCAAGGACAGCGAUGCCAAGCUCACCACUCGUGCCCAGGCUGCUGGUGACGCUAUCGGAGACAAGUUUGAUGAGCAAGCCCACGACCGCAAGGCCGAUGUCCACAAAGAGGCUGCUAAGCACUAG